CAAAAUUGUCAAAAUAAAGUCUUCAUAUGUUGUCGCAGCUCUUUGUUAUGAAUAAUCCAGCGCAACAAAAAUAACACAAAUAAUGAUCACGAAAUAACAAUUAACAAUGUCGGUGCAAAUCAAACAAAUUGCCGAAAUCGUCGACGUCGCGACGGUUCGCAGACAUUUAUUCCCCACAGAUGAUAACAGAGGUGACUGAUUUGACCCAUAAAACAUUUUUUGCAAAUUUUAACCGUUUUAAUAAUAUUACAGGGGUGAUGGAUGGUUGCAAAACAGUUUGGUAUCAGCAUCCCCAACAGGGGAUUUAAGUUUUGCAAGAGAGAAAAGAUUGGUGGUGAGCAGUGGAAGAUGGGAUAAUCAUUCAACACUUUCACAGUUUGGCAUAAAUGAUGCAAGUUUACAUGAUUUCAAAGAUAACAUCAAGGCAGUGUUAUGUUUGCCAAUUGUGAUUCAAAGUCAAAGCUCUCAAGUGGGACCAGAUUGGACUUGCAUAGCAAUUGCAUUUGAAACAGGGUAUGUUUCCUUCUACACAGAAAACUGCACUCUAUUAUUUGAGGAAAAACUGCACAAUGAACCAGUUUGUGCAUUGAAAUGUCAAUCACAGCACAGUCCUCAACCAGACAUCAGCUCUGAGCUGAAACCUGAGGAAGUUUAUGUGGUUUAUGAAAGCAAUAUUUGUGUGAUCAAUGGCAGCCAUUUGUUUUCUAUGCUACGGACGUGCCGCAGUAAUUUAGCCAAAGGAAUAGUGAAUGACCCCAAUCAAUUAUCAAUUAGUUCAAAGAAAUGGGGCUUUGUAGACCAGGGACAAGUAUCAGAUGUAGCAGUAGUAGGCCUAGAUCUGCAAAAUACCUUUGAUCAUCUGUUAACCGCAUCGCUCUGCGGUGGAUUCGCAUCUAAAUAUCGCGCGAUGCCUCCGUACAAUUCCUUAGUCCUCGCUGCCGGUUCUAAACCAUUCCUAGGGUUUCAUUACGCACUGGAAGGCGGAUCACAGCCAGUGUUGAGUGAUGUGGCUAAAGCUGUAGCGUCUAAAUUAAAAUCAGCAUUACCUGGUUGGUUGACUGGUACCAAAGCCACACCUGAUAAAUCCGAAAGUGCUGCUUUAGUCCCCGCUGAAGCCAUGGCUUGCCGUUUUGGUUUAUGUGAUCUCCGACGUUCCUCGUCCCGCGUUGUUCUUUCACCAGAUCGUCGCCUAGCUGCACUCUCCGAUGGACUAGGAAGAGUUUUACUUAUUGACACUCAUCGUGGUGUUGCUCUGCGCAUAUUCAAAGGUUAUCGCGAAGCGCAGUGUGCUUUUAUUCAAGUCCCAGACGAGCGUAAAAAUCGCAAAUCGUCUAAGAAAGCAAUCGCGUUGUUUUUGGUCAUCUAUUCCGCGAAAAAGGGCUCUGUUGAGAUUUUCUGCGCGCAGCAGGGGACAAAAAUCACUACAUUUACUGCCGCCAAGUCGAGUGUAUUGAUGAACAUCAACUACGGCCUCAUGGGUUUCCAAAACACGUCAAAAUCACGUUUUAUUUGUCAAUUUACGUGUCUGCUUGUUGAUUCCGAUGGGAAAAUGAAGGAAAUCGUGAUACCUUUCCAUUUUUCGCUUGCGGAGAAGAAUAGCAAGCGUGCAAGAGAUGUGCAUUUGUAUAAACGGCUCAAACAGAUGGUGAAAAGCGUGGAUGACAGUGAUAAGUUGUUGAAUGAAGCGUUAAAUACAUUCAAAGAGUUUAAAACUGUUGAAGUCACACUGCAAUGUCUCGAAAUGCUUAUUGGGACACGAGAUAUCACAGCGGAUAUUAUUAUUGCAUGCUGCGCGGCCAUUUCUGAUAAAUAUUACCAGAAAUGCGAGAAAGAUGAACGCGACGAUAAAGAUAGCGAAGAUUUGAAGAUGCUGUUGCGAAUCGUCGAAAAUUUAAGUUUAUUGAGCCAUUUCUUCAACUUUUUGACACUUGACAGCGCAAGUGAAGAUUUGGAUGUCAAAAAUGAAAUGAACAAUUUACAACGUCUUUUGGAUUUGAGCACUCUAAACGACUAUAAAAUGCAGCCAAGAGUCACGUUCGAAAACAACAAAGAAGUUUACCUAAGUCAAUUCGUUAAAAUAUUCGACUACACUGCAGCGCCCCCUUUGAAAAUCAAAAACCCCGAAGAUUCAAUGCUAUAUAACGUUGCAGAAAAGAUAUUUGCUAAGUAUAUAAACGAGUGCCCGGAUCCGGAGUUGGAACUCCACGCGCGUAACUCUUCUAUACAACCGGAGCAUUUGUUUUCGUUGUUGUUACUCCACUGGGUGAACCGUCCAUUGGAUAGUUUCCAAAACCUCGAAUCGGAAAUGCAGAAUUUUAGCGAAACUGUUCACACGUUGACGAAGAUAUUCGAUGCCAAUACUGUUUCGGUGCCAUACAACUGCGUGUCGGCGUUCUGGACGCGCGUGCGCGAUGAUUUAGAGAACUCACACAAGCCUUUCCCUGCAUUAAUGGCGGCUGUGCUUUGUAAAGGCGUCGCGCAGCGAAUUGAAGCUGAGAAGGAUCUACAACAGUCCGGAAAUAGUGUUGAAGAGGAUAAUGUUGACAUGUGGGAGAAAUUAUCACAAGAGAAUUGUCAAUGGACACUGUUGAUUGGUAAACUUGAAGAUGUGUCACUGCUGAAUAUCAUUCUAAGCAAUAAACCGAUUUGUGAGGCGGUUUUGCCCAAGUUGCAUUUGGACCGCCAUGAUGUAAGUUUAAAGUAUAUUCUUGAAAGGGGAAAAGGUUCUGUGAGUGAAACAGUCUCACAAUGGUUAUGUCAAGGUGGUGUGAACCCUGAAGACAUUCUAUUGGAUGAUUUACAAUCUAGUAGCAACGAUGCGCAAAACAGUCAACAGUUAACCUCACUUGAAGAAUCCAAAAAAAUACAGGAACCUGUAUUUUAUCAUUUGGGCAUUAUAAAGAAACAAUUCCCACAUAGUCUGGAACCAAGCGUGUUGUUAGCCAACAUGUGCUGGGAAUACGCACUUGCAUGGCAGAAGGACGUUUCUAACUUAAAUCUCCUCGAAGCAUCUUUAAAAUGCUUGGUACAGAUUCCCAACCUACAUAUCAAAACAGGAAUUUAUAACCUAGUGUGGAACACUCAUCUGAAGAUUAUUUUCGAAGCUUCUUCAAAACUGAUCAACAAAGUUGGUAAACUACCAAAGGAGCGUCUCUGUCGUCAAGAUACAGAUUUAUCCGACUAUCAAAUCACGUUGUUUUACGAGUUUUGCGUGGGGUUCUUUGAUAUUUUUAUGGAAACCCUGCUAGAGUCGUACAAUUACCAAAAACCGACAUUAACUUAUGAAGCAAUUUGGGAAAAUGGCAGCGCUGCGCCCCUAUCAGAACUGGCACUAAAUCAAAACGCGAUUAAUUAUGAUUUAGUGCAUUUACACUAUCAACUAGCGAUGAUUAUGCAUAUGAUGACCGUGUUUGCGGUGAAACACACCAAGGUAUUGACGAAUCUAUUCGACACGCCGAUUAAUAACCUAUUCUUUUGUGAUUUUCAACACAAAAACGAGAUUAAUACACAUAAUCGCGCUGAUUCCAAGACAACCGCGUCACGUUUGCAAUUUUUGUUGAAAGUAAUCAGCGCUAGCAUGGAUACUGUCACAAUGAACGAAGGGAAGAUCUAUUCCGCUGAUCACGUGUCAUGGAUGUCCAAGUGUAUAACCCUAGCGCGUUUAUGGGACUUAGACGUGGAUUUGUUGAAACGUUACCAGAUUGCACAGAUCCUAUCAGCUGGUUUUGAUAGUUUCGCCAUUGAUUUACUGCCCACUGUGACUGAGAAGGAGAAAAUGGGUCCGGAUCUAGUCAAGAUCGCCGGUAAACGACUAGCGCAGUUAUUGGCAUCGUCUAGGGACCUCGGCGAGAAAAUGGCCGCGUGUAGCACGCAACUUACAAAGUAUUUAGACGCGCUCGAUGGCGAUUGGUGCACGCCCAGCGACUUGGAGAGCAACAUGGUGUUGAUUACGCACGCGCUGCGUUGUUUGGAGGAGAAGCAGCCCGAGCACAAGAUGGCCUGCUUGAUGUUAGAAGCAUGUAGCACCCUACAAGACUUGAAUUCGUAAUUAGGUCGUUAUAGGUUGAUACUGAUACACAUUGUUGAGUUUGAUUUUCAAAGGUAUAUAUACACUGCGGAACCAUAUAUUAAAGGUAAAUGAUUAUA